AUGGUCGCUAGGUCUGGCGAAGGGAGCGAGGGACAGCCUCGUCCUCUCACCCCCUCCUCGAGAACCCCAGGGACACCGAUAAAGCCGCGAUUGGCACGAGUCGGAACGAGCCCAACGAAGCGAGAAGAGAAACCGAAGGAUGAUAAAGUGUUGAAAUCGUCGGCAAAAGAUGUCGCAGAGCUCAAAGACUAUCAAUUGGGUGACUGCCUAGGUAAAGGAGCUUUCGGCUCUGUGUAUCGAGCGCUGAAUUGGAAUACCGGGGAGACAGUCGCAGUCAAGCAAAUCAAGUUGACGGAUCUUCCCAAGAGUGAACUGCGCGUUAUCAUGCUUGAAAUUGAUCUUUUGAAAAACCUCGAUCACCCCAACAUUGUCAAAUACCAUGGAUUCGUGAAAUCUGCUGAAACUCUGAAUAUUAUUCUAGAAUAUUGUGAAAAUGGUUCAUUGCAUUCCAUCGCAAAGAACUUUGGUCGUUUCCCUGAGAACCUUGUGGGCCUAUAUAUGUCCCAAGUUCUUCAUGGCUUGCUUUAUUUGCAUGAACAAGGUGUUAUUCACCGGGAUAUCAAAGGUGCAAACAUUCUGACUACAAAGGAAGGACUGGUCAAGCUUGCAGAUUUCGGUGUGGCGAGUCGGACUACGGGUUUGAGUGAAUCAAGCGUGGUUGGUACGCCAUAUUGGAUGGCCCCCGAAGUGAUUGAGCUUUCAGGCGCAACAACUGCUUCGGAUAUAUGGAGUUUAGGAUGCACUGUCAUCGAACUCCUCGAGGGGAAACCCCCUUAUCACAAUAUGCAGCCCAUGCCAGCCCUGUUCCGUAUCGUAAAUGAUGACCAUCCUCCAUUUUCGCAGGGUGCCUCACCGGCUGUGAAAGAUUUCCUCAUGCAAUGUUUCCAGAAAGAUCCUAACCUUCGAGUUUCGGCAAGGAAAUUACUCAAACAUCCUUGGAUUCUCAAUGCUCGCAGAACUGAGUCUGUAAUCCCAAAGAAGUCCACAGAAUACGAAGAAGCCGUCAAGAGUGUUCAAGAAUGGAACGAGGCUUUGCGGUCCCCCGAAACCGGAACCUCAAAGAAGAAGCAGAGACCAGAUCACCCCAGUACUACAGGCCUGCCAUCUACUCGACAUAACUCGUUGGUCGACACCCUACCAUCGCCAACUUCAAUCAAAUCUACGGAUCGCUUCCGCUCACCCGUGUCAGCAGGCGAUGACAAUUGGGAUGAUGACUUUGCCACUGCAAUCUCUCCUAGCGCACUGAAACUGCCGCACCUACGUCCGCAUGAUAACUUUGGAGGCAUGCUGUCUUCUGAGAGACUCAAGGCUUUUGCCUCACUUGAUGGAACCAUACUCAGACCAGAUGACAAUUCUGAUGGCUUUGAUGAAUCCUCGGGAUUCUCGGACGAAGAUACCCUGCAGACAAUUCGACCGUACCCCACCAAACCUUCUCUAGCAGAGCCUUCCAAGUCUCAAAGCCCUGCGCUCUCACAGCCCGGUUCCAAUGUGCCAGUGUCUGCACUACAAAAUGUCCCGAUUCUCACUCAAAAUCCCAUGCCGAGACGGGCUCGUCCGGCUCGUCCGACAAACCUUUACAAAGAGAAUUCUGUGGAUGACUAUUCUGACCUCAUCAUGGCCAACGAAGAUGUACUAGAUCGAAAGCUAGGAGGCUAUCAGGACUUUGGAGAUGAUCCAUCUUCGCCCAUUCAUGAGAACAUAGGAUACAAUCAAUUAGCUGACGAGCUUGGUGGCGCGCAUCCGCAGCUGCGCAAGCAGCUUUCUGUGAAGCGAGAUCGCUCUAGCAUCGAGAUCCACAGGUUUGCAGAGAAUGAAACGGACGAGGACUUCUCCGAUAUUCUCGGGGCCGAUCAAGCUGCUCUUGAUAAAGCGGAGAGCGAUGAUGGCUCUGACCAAAGUACAUUGAUGCUGAACUCAAAGCUCUCCAACUCCUGGCUGGGAGAUCAAGAGGAUGAGGAUGACCCCUUUGCCCAAUUGGAAGAAGGGUUUGAUGAAGUUGAUCUUGAGGAAAAUAUUGCCCGCGACAAAUACGCACGUCUUCGCAAUCAAGUUGAGGGUCUUGUGGACUCGCUCAAGACAUCUCAGGACGAAGAAGUUCUGGCAGAGAUUUCUGAACAACUGUUCACAAUCUUUUGUGAUCUCCCAGAGACUAAGAACAUCAUCAUCAGCGCCCAUGGCAUGUUACCGAUUCUCGAGAUUCUAGACACUACUCGCCGGCGUGAUAUUGUUUUCUGUCUAUUGAGAGUUGUCAACGCAAUCAUCUAUGAUGAUUAUGAGAUUCAGGAAAACCUUUGCUUCGUCGGCGGAAUUCCUAUUAUCAAUGAGUUUGCCUCUAAGAAAUACCCACGCGAAAUUCGCCUUGAGGCUGCAGCUUUCGUGCAGCAGAUGUACCAGACUUCGACACUUACUCUCCAGAUGUUUGUCAGUGCUGGAGGCUUGAAUGUUCUGGUCGAGUUCCUCGAGGAUGAUUAUGAAGAUGAACGUGAACUGGUUCUGAUUGGCGUUAACGGAAUCUGGAGUGUCUUUGAGUUGCAAGGUUCCACUCCUAAGAACGAUUUCUGUAGAAUUCUGUCCCGCAACUCUGUCCUUGACCCCUUAUCUCUAGUAUUAAGUCGUGCUCUCGAUGAAGAUGGGGAAUUGACAGAAGUUAUUGAGGGCCGCAUUGCAAAUAUCUUCUUUAUAUUCUCGCAGGCCGAGAACCAUGUUAAGGAGAUGGUGUCUGAAAGAACAGUUCUUCACAGAGUCUUGAAAGAGCUCAGACGAAUGAGCCCUGUCCACCAAAUCACGAUGUUGAAAUUCAUCAAGAAUCUUUCCAUGCUUUCAACUACUUUGGAUUCACUUCAAAAUUCUAACGCCAUCGAUGUCUUGACCGACCUGCUUCGAUCAAACCUAAGGCAAGCACACUUCCGCGAGCUCUCCAAUCAGAUUCUCAACACUAUCUACAACAUGUGCCGCUUGAAUAAGUCUCGACAGGAAGAUGCCGCACUCAAUGGUAUUGUGCCACUUUUACAAAAGAUUGUUCUCACGGAACGACCUUUGAAAGAGUUUGCCCUGCCAAUCCUUUGCGACAUGGCACAGUCUGGAAAGGUCGGCCGUAGAGAACUGUGGCGCAACAAGGGCCUCGGCUUUUACAUCUCUUUGCUUCUGGAUCCAUAUUGGCAAGUUACUGCUUUGGAUGCUAUCUUCACAUGGCUUCAAGAAGAAACCGCCAAGGUUGAAGAGCAUCUCUUAGAAGGUAUCUUUGAGAGUGAUACGUUCGAGGGUCCUGUUACGUUCACUAGUGCCAUAGCGGAAUGUUUGAAACUUUCCAAAGCUAAUGCAUUCGAGAACACCCUCGAGCCUCUGCAAAAGCUUCUCCGGCUCAGUCCCCAUGUCGCAUCCACCUUUGCACGGCCCGAUAUUUUCCAGAGACUUAGGCAAAAGCUGCACCACACCAAAGCCGCUGUCCGGCUCAAUCUUCUGCGCAUAAUUGCCAGCAUCUGUGACUCGAAUGAAGAGCAAGGCGGACUGCUCGCAACCUACGGCCUCCUAGAUGCUAUUCGAAACAUGGAAAACGACCCUGCAAUCCUUGUCAGAGAUAUGGCAGGGAAGCUGGUGCGAUCCAGCGAGGCAUAUGGAGCCAGCAAACGGAGACCAACAGGUCGACGACAAAGCACAUGUACCACCCCACCAGUCCUGUUCGCUGCAUCAUCCACCCCUUCUACACCCUCAUCAAACCGUACUGGCCAGUCAAGGGGGUACCUGGAAGGUCGGGAGACUCCUCGGCACCCGCGGAAUUCUCUUAGUGUCUCUUCUCUGGUUAUGAGACCUGGCAGUCGGGAUGGCAACAACCCAGUUCUUGGUUCUGGGUCGAAUGGAAGCAGUGCGGCUGUUGCCAGGCCCAGAUCUGCACGACCCCUCUCUAGUAGAAUGAGCCACGUGGAACUGCUACGCGAGGAAGAAAAUAAGACCCCCUCGUUGAGUCGACGGCCUUCAAUCAUCCCUCGCCGCCGCCGCCCAACACUUGUAGACUCUGAAUGGACGUGA